AUGUCGCUUCAGCGACGACCACCACGACAACCGUCGGCUAUACAACCCUUACCAAGAUCUUAUAGAAUCCCCACACAAACCCUAUAUAAACUUCCCACAUCUCCUGAAUACAUCUUUCAAGAGGAAUCCAUUGCUCAACGGUGUUCAUGGGGCGAAAACCUGACAUACUACAUCGGCAUCGGUUACCUCAACGACGCAAUAGUUGGCGCCCGGAAAGGUUUAGUAGAGGGCGUGAAGGCUUCUGAGGCUAGAGACACUAUGAAACUUAGGGUUAAUCGGAAUGAAAUGCAUGGUGGCUGGAUUAGCGACUGGAGCGUGGUGGCUGGCUUAGCGACUGGAGUGCUUUACAAGACGGAGGCGGGGGCUGUUGCCGGAGCUAUUGGUUGA